AUGUAUUUGCUUUCCUUUUUUCUUUUUUUCUUUUUUAAGGAAAAAAAAUUUCCAUUUCCAUUUGUUUUUGUUACUUUUUUUUUUUUUCCAGACACCCUGUCUUCUUUUUUUUUUUUCAUAUUUUUGCUACUGUGGCAGUUUUGCUUUUUUUUCUUUUGUGAGGGAAAGGGAGAGAUUCUCAGGGUUCGAAGAGAAACACAAGGAGCGAUGAAAAUGUGUGCGGCUGCGUUUUGA